AUGGAAAAUCUUAUUUUGCUACCCCUUAUCAAAAGACAGGAUUUGAAUUUGGCGUGCAUUCAACUUUUAAAUCAGGAUUGGCCAAAAAGCGAAGGGUCAAGGAUGCACUCGCAAGAAAAAUCAUGUCGGUCCGAGCCACCAAUGGCAUUUCUUUUAAUCGACCGAUCCGGAGAGAUCGAAAAACUGAUUGGACACGCUCGUCUUUGCCCUUUACCAAAUAAGAAGGGCGCUUGUUGGAUCGAAUCAGUGAUUGUGGACAAAAAUGACAGAGGAAAAGGCCUCGGGAAGUUUUUGAUGAUACAGCUUGAAGAUUUUAUUCGCUCAUUUGGAUACACAGAGAUCUAUUUAUCCACAGAAGACAAACAAUUUUUUUAUGAGCGCUGCGGGUACACAACAUGUCAAUCGAUCGUUCACACCACAGCCGCCCCUUCAAUGCUCAAUUUAAUCAAUCGACUGGGAAACGUUGAAGAGACUCGGAUAGACGAAAGGAAACCAGUUAUAUCUCAAGAGGCUACUGAAAGCACAAAGACAUCUAUACCGACACCCCCUCCUCCUCCUCCGUCUUUCACAAAAAUCAAACCCGAAACUCAACUUGAAACCACUAUUUACAUGAAAAAGUCACUUCAC